AUGGAUGAAGCACCGCAUCCUAAAGCCUUUACAUAUGAAGGAGACAUAAGUAUCACCAUAAAGGUACUCAAAGCCACAGACAUGAUCAGAAUGCAUGCUCACAACUUGACUAUCUACGUCAAUACCGUGUCUGUGACCAACGAGAGAUCAGGCGAAAAACAAAAUAUCACUUCGGUUGAACAAACAAAACCCGACGACGAUCGGCAAUUUUUGGACAUUUUCCUUGAAAACGAGCUUGAAGAGAAUACCUACAUAAUCAAGAUUCACUUUGAAGGGAUGUUAAAUAGCGAUCUAGCAGGAUUCUAUCGUAGUGGCUACAUGGAAAACAAUAAACAGAAAUGGAUGCUCGUAACUCAGUUCGAAGCAACUGCAGCGAGAAGGGCAUUUCCUUGCUUUGACGAGCCAGCAUUGAAGGCAACAUUUGAUGUAAGCAUCGCUCGGAGGAAGGGUUGGACCGUCUUGUCUAACAUGCCGCAAAACGAUCAACUGAGAAAGCCAUUACCAAGACAGAAAGGAUAUACUUGGGUUCACUUCAAGCAAAGUUUGAAAAUGUCAUCGUAUCUCGUUGCUUUUGCAGUUUCGCAAUUCAAAAGCAUUACAAGCCCAAUCGACGCUAGGUUUAAAGUCUGGGCUAGGCCAGAACUAAUUCACACUGGAAAGUACGCAGCAGAGGUUGCACCAAAAGUGGUGCAAUGCAUGGAGAAUCGUACUCAGCACAAGUACGAUCUACCCAAAUCAGACCAUAUCGCCGUUCAGGACUUUGAGUACGGAGCAAUGGAGAACUGGGGACUGGUCACCUACAGGUCUGGAAAUGCACUAGAAUCAAUGCUUCUCUACAAUGAAGAAAAUUCAACAACCUACAGCAAGCAGGCCACCGCGUCUGUAAUUGCACACGAGUUGGCCCAUCAGUGGUUUGGAAACUUGGUGUCGCCCAAGUGGUGGAGCAACUUAUGGUUGAACGAAGGAUUUGCCACUUUCCUCGCCAAUUACAUAGGAUCGUGUGUGGAACCUAAAAUGGCUUUCAUGGAGCAGUUCUUAACUGCUCCACUGGCACGAGCACUUCGAACAGACGCUCUCGAAGAUUCUCAUCCUCUAGUAGUGCCAGUUGCUAGUCCAUCCGAAAUCAAAGCCAUUUUUGAUGGCAUUUCAUACAGCAAAGGUGGUAGUGUUAUCCGAAUGAUGCUCAGCAUUUUGGGAGAAGAAAACUUCUGGAAAGGAUUGAGAGCAUAUAUUGAAAAAAUGAAGUUUAGCAACGCUGAUCAGAAUGAUUUGUGGCGAGGAUUAAGCACAGCCGUUCCCAAUGGACUGCUCCCGAACAACGUUGAAUUUAAGGACAUUAUGGACACCUGGGCUCUGCAGGCUGGCUACCCCGUCGUCACCGUCACAAGAGACUAUGAUAAAAACACAGUUAACUUCACGCAGAAACGUUUCUUCUCAUCUGCUCCCGUUAAAAAAGAGCACAAUGAAGUUUACUGGGUGCCGCUGACCAAGUUGGUUCAAGGCGAGCCUAAGGAACACAGCAACAAUAUUACCUGGCUUUAUAAUGAAACUAUCACCAUGGCCUCGCCGUCUUCCGAUAAAUGGAUUCUCGUCAAUAACGACAAAAAUGUUUCUGUAGGCUAUUACCGCGUCAACUACGACAAAGAGAACUGGAAGAAGCUGUCCGAGUCGAUAAAUGGUGCUCAACUGGUCAACACCCUCAGUGUCAACAACCGGGUUCAGCUGUUGAUGGAUUCGUUCGCGUUGGCCAAAGCUAAAGAGUUGGACUACGAACUCGCUCUCUUCAUGACCAAGUACCUAAACUACGAAACGGAGCUCACACCCUGGAAUGCCGUUCUUGACGAAUUUAAUUAUAUUUACGACAGAAUGUUUGGUGAUGAGUCAUUCAUGACAAUGUUUGAGGCAAGUUUAGGCAUUUCAGAUAAUCACGUUAAGUGCACAAAUAUUUAAAUUUAUGAAUUUUUCGACAGAAUUACUUGAAGAGCAAAAUGAGUCAUCUUUACGAGCACGUCAAUGGAUUUGGUGCGUCGGAGAGUGAUGAACAUCCACUUAGAUUGCUGAGAAUUAGGGUUGUUGCAUGGCUGUGCGAAAUGGGUUAUGAAGCAUGCAACAAAGAUGCUUCUGCGCUGUUUAACCAAUGGAAAACCA